UAAAAAACGGCAAAAUAGAAGAAGAUACAACUUAUCUCUCGCGGAUACACGACGUCUGCCUGCUUUUUCACCUUUUAUUUGUCUUUUGACACCCUUUACGUCGUUCCACAUGUCCAGCAAGCGUCAACGUUGGGAAACUUUGGAUGCGCUCAAAAAGUCGCCGAAGGGAAAUAUCAACUUUGAUCUUUUUUGGUCGGAGAGGGGUGAGGAUAUUUUGGCCGGUUAUGAGGAGAUGCUCAGCCUGUCCGCUGAGGCUGGAGAGAUCCUGAAAAAUCUCUGGUCCGAAUCCCCUCAGAAGUGUGCUCUUUUGGAGUCCAGUCCUGGGCUCGCUGCCUCCAGUCGACAGUGUGAUGACGCCACUGGCGAAAACAACACGGUGUCUGUAGCGGACGAACAAAAACAGGAUAUUUUGGCCGGUUAUGAGGAGAUGCUCAGCCUGUCCGCUGAGGCUGGAGAGAUCCUGAAAAAUCUCUGGUCCGAAUCCCCUCAGAAGUGUGCUCUUUUGGAGUCCAGUCCUGGGCUCGCUGCCUCCAGCCGACAGGUUGGUGACGCCACUGGCGAAGACAACACGGUGUCUGUAGCGGCCGAACAAAAACAGGAUAUUUUGGCCGGUUAUGAGGAGAUGCUCAACCUGUCCGUUGAGGCUGGAGAGAUCCUGAAAAAUCUCUGGUCCGAAUCCCCUCAGAAGUGUGCUCUUUUGAGUCGGUCCAGUCCCGGGCUCGCUGCCUCCAGCCGACAGGUUGGUGACGCCACUGGCGAAGACAACACGGUGUCUGUAGCGGCCGAACAAAAACAGGAUAUUUUGGCCGGUUAUGAGGAGAUGCUCAGCCUGUCCGCUGAGGCUGGAGAGAUCCUGAAAAAUCUCUGGUCCGAAUCCCCUCAGAAGUGUGCUCUUUUGGAGUCCAGUCCUGGGCUCGCUGCCUCCAGCCGACAGGUUGGUGACGCCACUGGCGAAGACAACACGGUGUCUGUAGCGGCCGAACAAAAACAGAUCGCAAGCGAGAGCGAGCAGAAUGUGGAGGAAAGUUCCACGCCUCCGCCGACCGUCUCCCUACGCUCCUUUGAAGCCAGGGUAAUUGCUGGACAAAUCUCCCAGUAUGAAGAGGCUUACCGUCAAAAAGCAAGGAUCAUUUUCAGAGGGCAUCAGCAGAAGAUGGAGGACAUGGUAACUCAGCUGGCAAACGCCCAGUUGGAGCAGAUGAAACGCUACGAAGAGCGAAUGGAGUUGAAGCGGAGGCAGGAGUACCAGCGCAUAAGUGACAUGAUGGAACAAGAAACCAAAGAGAGCAUUGGCCGUCAGGAGAAGCUCAAGGAAGAGCAGCGCCACAGACUGAAGAUCCUCAACCUCCGCGUGAGGGAGGCGGAGCAGCAGCGUCUAAGGGAGGCGGAGCUGGAGCGACAGCGGCAGACCGAAGGCAAAGAGCGGCUGCGGAACCUCAACUCCAUUCAAGAGGAGAUCCUGCAGCUCAACCAGCUUCUAGAGUCCUCCACCCAGAACAAGACCACGGCGCACCCAAGCAGCGUCGGCAAGUACAACACCCGUGGGAACCAGUUUUGCUCCCAGGUGUCCGAGGUGGUUCAAAAGACGGCGGAAGUACAGUAUCCCAGCGCGGAAGACAUGACCGUGGCAGAGCGUGCCCUCCACGAAAUGAGGGCGCUCAUCUCCUCGAUGCAGGAGGAAGCGGCCACAGCUCAAGAGGAGAUGAAGAAGAAGGAGCUGGAGAAGGAGGAGGAAGAAUCCCGUAGGAAGCUGUCAUUGCUGACGACUCAACAGGAAGCACAAAAGAAGGCAGAGCUUUCAGCCAAAGAGAAAACAAACAAGCACGGGCUGCAGAACAAUGCUGAAGACAGCACGUUGAAAUGGUACAAGGACUUGCAGGAGUCUCUGGAUCAGUGCGCUCAAAUAAUAGAACAGCUCAGCUCCUCACAGGACGACCAGACGAGGAGUGUGAAGUUGGACCUCCAGAGAGCCUCCACCAUCCCCGUCAGUCAAAUCUCCUUCAAUUCUGGAUCUCAUCUACAAGAAAUCUUUGGAACGCUCACCAAGCUGCUCUCUGGCCAGGCAGUGGUGCGUGGGGGCCAGUCCGUGUCCACCUCGCAGCACCCACAGGGCCUGGACUUUGUGUGUUACAAAAUGGCCGAGAAGUUUGUGAAACAAGGGGAGGCGGAGGUGGCGGCUCAUCACGAAGCGGCCUUCCCCAUCGGUGUGGUGGCGUCGGGUAUCUGGGAGCUGCACCCCCGAGUGGGCGAACUCAUGCUCGGACACCUGCACAAAAAAUGUCCGUACGCCGUUCCACAUUAUCCCGUGAUGAAGGAAGGCAUGUCUGUGGAGGAAUAUCAGAGAAUUCUUGGUUACCGAGUGGACGACUCCGGAGUCGAAGGUCAGGACAGUUUUCUCAAAAGUAUGUCUGGCAUGAUCCGCUUCUACGCAGCUGUGAUCCAGCUGAGGUGGCCCUUUGACUACAAGCAGGGGGCGUCCCCUCACGGUCUGAACCACGGCUGGCACUGGUUGGCACAGAUGCUGAACAUGGAGCCCAUUGCUGACAUCACGGCGACGCUGCUGUUCGACUUCCUCGAGGUUUGUGGUCACGCAUUGUUGAAAACCUAUCAGGGUCAGUUUUGGAAGCUGCUUCUGCUUUUAAAAGAGCAAUACAUGGCCAGGAUUGAAGCCGUCACAAGCAGUGGACAGAUGGGAUCAGUCUCCAGACUGAAAAACUUCCUGCAGCGUUCAGUGCAAGAACAACAAUUAAGUCCUCCCAAAGGCCAGCUGAGUGCCAUGUUUUGGAAGUCGUGAUUCUGGACAAGGAGCUUAUGUUUGUGUUGAGUUGGUAAAUAAAGUUCAGUUGUUUUUUCC